AUGACGGGUGCCAGAGUCGUCCUACCUCAUGCUUCGUCUGCCCUCGUUCCUCAGUUGCUUCAAGCUGGGAACGGCGUGGAGGCGGCUCGCGUGAAGGCGGCGUUUCUAGCCAUCACCGACACAAGCCAGACUUUGCAGCAGCAGCAGCAGCAGCAGUGGAACUCAACCCACCCAGCUGUCUUGCCAGAGGACGAAAAAAUGCUCGAGGAAGACAGGCGCUGCGUGAAGCAGGGCGCCGGGCUCGGCGGUUUGAACGCCGAGGAGCUUUUCGCGUUGGAGCCUGCUCAGUGCGUUGUGUGUCGCCUCACGCGCGACAGGACGAUUCCCAAGUGCAUUGCAUCAACCGACAGACUACACUGGGCAGCACGUACCGACCACGCGCACUAUUGCCGAGAUCUAAUUGAGGACUCUGACGAUCCUGGGGCUGUCCACAUCAUCGAUGCCAAGGGGUUUAGUCCGUUUCACUAUGCUUGUCAACGGGGCAACUUUGUCAUCGUCAAGUAUCUGUUCCACUGCGCGGGAGCGGAUGUCAAUGCCGCCACGCAAGCAGAGACGGACCGAUUUGCACCACUGCACUUUGCAGCGAUAAACGGUGACAUCAAGCUCGCCCGAUUUUUGAUGGAGAGCGGCGCGGCUGUCGACAAGCGCGACGCCAAGGGAAACACUCCCUUGAUUCUGGCGGCACAGUUUGGCCAUUUGCUCAUGAUUCAUUUUCUCGUUCAGCACGCUGCUGACAUUGCAGCUCGUGAUCAGAAGGGCAACCAGGCGCUUGCAUGGGCUGCUUACGAAGGUCAUGGAGACUGUGUCAAGCACUUGAUUCGAGCUGGAGCAAUGCUGGACAAUAUAGAUUCACAAGGCACAACGGCGCUGCACUGGGCGGCGAUUCAAGGCCAAAUGGCGGCCGUAGAAGUACUCUUGGAUGCCGGCGCAGAUGCUUCCUUGCGCGAUUCGAGCAACCAAACAGCCAUUGAGCACGCCAAGCGCAAAAAGCACACCACCUUGGUUGACUUUAUUCAGCGUCAUUUGAGGAAAUUUCCGUCUGGCUUGACUCCCGGAUCGGGUUUGGCCACAACGAUCAUGCUCCAGCUGACUGAAACCGAGCGCCUCAAGCAUCGGUUGCAGCGAGAGUGGAUGUUCUAUCUCCUGCCUGUAGUAUGCAACCUAGCAAUGCUCGCCAGUCUCUCGUAUAUGAACUGGAUGCUGUCGUGGCCGCUAUGCCUGGGAAUGGUGGUCGUCAUGUUUGCGGGCGGCACGCCGCUCCUCUUCGAUCGAACCAACGGCCCGGAUUUUGACGGCAACACGCGCAAUCCAGGGAUGACAACUUGGUUUCUUUGCGGAAUGGUGCUUGACGUGACGAUCGCCGUGCAUCGCAUGUGGAACUUUAUGCUGACGCAUGAGCCGGCUCUUGGCGUUGUCGGCCUGUCGUCCUUCGGCUUUAUGCUGUACUGGUACUUCAGGGCCAGAAUGGCGAAUCCAGGCGAGUUCAAAGCAAAGUUUUGCCGAAUCCUCUCAUCUCUCGCUCAUCUUCACAACACAGGCUACCUUGAAAUGGGGGAUCCUCAAGAUAUCAUCAAGCCAGCGCGAGCCAAGCAUUGCAAAAUUUGCAAUCGAUGUGUCAGCAUGUUUGAUCAUCACUGUCCUUGGUUGAACAAUUGCGUUGGAAAGAACAAUCGAGCUGCUUUCAUGCGAUUAUUGCUUGCGUUUACGACGUCUGCCAUCUGUCUCUUGAUCUGCACGUUCAACUUUAUCCAGCUCGCAACAGCGGAAAUCAUUCCCUGGAGUCAUCCAUUCAUGUGGACGUUCUCCAAGAUGCUGAUGGCUGCGCAGCAAGAGCCGGUGCUGUUCUUUUUGUUCCUCUACACGCUGAGUGGAGUCUGCUUUGGCGCCACGAUUCUUCUGCAAGGAAUUUGGCUCGCUUCGAAUGGAUUGACCAUCAACGAACAGCAAAACUGGCAACGAUACGAAUGGCUCAAAGAUGACAACGGUGACUACUACAACAAGUACGAUCGCGGCCGACUGCGCAAUCUUGCAGAUGCAUUUGGCAUCUCGGUCAGCUCCACUCCGCUGGACUUUUCGCAACGAGCUGCAUUUUGGGUUUGA